GGACGCCUUCAUCUGUCAGACCAGGUCCCCAGACUCUAGCGGGCCCGCGAGCAUCUCCCGCCCCGCUGGGCCGGGCCAGCCUGCAGCCUCAGUCUGCUCCUCAGAGCAAUGGGCGACCCCGGGGAGCCCCGCGGCUCAGGGUGCGGGACGGCGCUCGCUGACGUCACCACGCGCCUAGGACGAACUCCGCCCCGCCCGCCCCCCUUUCAGGAGCGCGCCCGCUCGGACGCGCGCCGGGGGAAGGUCCCGGAAGCUCGCUGGGGCUAUCGCGAGAGCCGAGGGUGGGCGUCUUCCGCGGGCACCGGCUGUCCGGCUCCGUCCGUCCGCGAGGCUGGGGAGAAGAUGUCGCUGGGAGCGUCUCGCUGGCUGGUGGCGGCGACGGCCGCGCGGAGCGGCGCUCUCGGGCUCGGGCCCGCCGCGCGGAAAGCCGGGAGCGGCCUGGGGCAGGGCGCGGCCCCUUCGCGAUCGCUCAUCGCUACCCGCAGCGGAGCCAUCUUACCCAAGCCGGCUAAAAUGUCCUUCGGCCUCCUCCGGGUCUUCUCCAUUGUGAUUCCCUUCCUCUAUGUUGGGACACUCAUUAGCAAGAACUUUGCCGCCCUCUUGGAGGAGCACGACAUUUUUGUUCCAGAGGAUGACGACGAUGACGAUUAGUGGGACGCCCCGGCCCCCUGAGGCCCCAACCGAAGCCUCUGUAGCAAUCAUGCUCUUUCUCCAGAAGCAGAGGGGCAGGGCACCCACCCUCGGCCCUCACCUCCCUUACCGGCAUCCCCGCAUGGCCCAGUGGACGUGGCGUGUGUCCAUAGCCUCGUUAGCCCAAGCCCCUGUGCCCUCUGUGAAGGCCAGGCUGCGGCCCCAGAGCACUGAACUAGGAAUAAAUAGCACUUUGUGACCCAG